AUGGGCGUGCCCUCUGUUCAGCGGCCGGUGCCCAAAGCGCCCCCGGCCAAAGCUGCUCGAAACAGAGGCAUGGAUCAGCCGGUCUACUAUGUGGAUCCCAAGGCUGGUCUGCCGCGCCAAGGCCGAGCGGCUCCGAAAGGGCGUUCUCCUUUGUUCGCCGAGCCUGCUCAGUAUUUAGUUCCAGGGCAGCCCCCCAGAUCGCUCGACGCCGUGCCCGAUGACGUUCGCAUCAGCGGACCGGCUCACUAUGUCAUUCCGGGGCAGCCCCCGCGGCGGCUGGAUCAGCUCCCGCCCGGUACGCAGCUCCCUCCCGGCACCGAGAUCAUGGUGCCUACGAGGAGCUCGAGUCCGCCGACCAAAGCGCCGCCGACUCCCGCCCAGAUCGCGGCGUACCAGGCUUCUCGCGCUACUCCCGCUCGGACGAAAGCCAAAGCCACUCCUGAUGCAGCUUUUCGUGCUGCCGAGCGGCAGUUGAUCGACUUGCUCGGCGCGGCCCCCCUCGACGACGAUCCGAUCGAGGAGCCGUCGCCGGAGCCCGAUGAUCCGAUCGAGGUCCAGGGUGCCGUGGUGCAGACCUGCACCGUCGGCUCCCAGGACUUGGUGGCUUGUGAGCCUCUGGGCGAGCAUGCGCUGCUCAUGAACGCUGAAGGCAUGGUGCGGCUCUGGGAUGCUCGAGCACCGGAGCCGGUCCGACUGGCGGAUUUCGCCUUGACGCCUGCGGAGUGCGAGGAUGGCCCACACGUCAGCGUGAAUGUCGGAGAUCCGGCAGUGGCCGUUCUAAGCAACACCGCGCUUCGAUGGGUCGACUGUCGAGCCGGUCGCGUCUCCGAGGUGCGCCCAGCGGCGCUCUGGCCGGAGAUCUUUCGCGAGGCUGGCCCUGCUCGCUUGGUCAUGGCGCGGCGGGGCCUCGUGGCAGCGUGGUUCGAUUCACCGACUUUACCGAUCGGCUGCUUCUUCGGUGCGGGACCUGCCCUGGCACCCAUGACUGCCGACUUCAGCAACGCUGCCGUGACCGUCGCCAGCGUUCCGCUGGGUGGAGGUACGCCUCCUUUUACCGUGGCCUUGGCCAGGCCAAGCCGCCGCCGCCGAAGGCUGGUGUAUGAAGUUUGCGCAGCAGCGCCAGCGCCGCCUUGUUUAGCAUAG